AUGCGAGCGGUACUGCCGGGGAGACCCCCAGCGAAGCUCCAGUCGUUCAGCACCGCGCUGUGGGAUGGCAUUCGCGUUGUUGCCUACAUCUCUGGCCACGCGCUGGUCAUCCUCGGCGGUCCGCAGGCGCUCCUCCAAACGAUCUACGUCGAUGAUACCGAAACCCUCGAGGCUGUAGCCUUUGACGAGACAUCUGGUAGGAUUGCCGUCUGUGGUGGUCCUGAUGUAUUCGUGUACCAGCCAUACGGCAUCCAAGGCGAAACUUUGAAAUGGUCUCUCCUUUACACGUUUCGCGCCUCCGAUGACGACGAGCCGAUCUACACAUUAUCGUGGGGUUCUUCAAACGAGCUGCUGGUGGGCAAUUCCCGCCUUGCCCUCUGGUUUAUGAACGAUGAAGCACGAUUGGUAUGGAAACGAAAGCUUGCUACACCGGUGAAAUUUGCGCAAUUUUCUCCCGAUUCGGCCUUAAUUGUUACAGUAGGACAAUACGACCGAUUGGUCAAAGUAUGGAGACGACUCGCCUUUGGCGCAGAUGAGGUUCGGUUCGAGAACUCGUAUUUGCCCCAUCCGAAUGUCGUCACCGGGAUACACUGGCGUUUGCCUCGGCACCCGGAGCAAUCUAUGGAUAAUGUUCUAUACACAUUUUGCGCCGAUAACAAGAUCCGAGUAUGGGCAGUGACAGACCACCAUGCGCUUUCUGCCCUACAAUUCUGGGCUGAGAUUGACAUGAGUUUAUCAGUUCAACCUAGGAAUGCGUCUAAUGCAGACCAAGGACCACAACGGCGGUAUGGGUUUAUCUUGGACAGCCGUGACUUUUGCGUUGCAACCGAGCGUGCUGUUCAAAGGACUACAGGGAAUAAAAACAACCAUGCCUUGGAACACAUUAUUGAGGUUGCGAGUAAGGCCCCGGAAAUUUGUGUUGUCAUUGAUGGCCAGGGCCAUAUGUCUGCAUGGGCUUUGGAAGAUAUUGGCUCUAAAGCAAAGACCAAUCUGAGUGUCUUCAAUAUUCUCCACGUCGAAGGCUUAGACUUGGGAUUUGCAUGCGAUCGGCCGCCUCUAGAAGACUACGCACAAAUUCGUGCAUUCCAGAGCAUAACUUCAGAAGACAAACUCAGUGUUCUAGUUCAUCACUUUGAUGGUCGAAUCGAGUGGUAUGAUUCUCAUGUGGAUGUUUUAUUCGACCCUGCACCUCGCACAAGAAGAAUUACUCAGACGGCUUCUUGGUCUGGUCAUACUGCUCCUGUGAAAAAGAUUGUCCGAAAUGCGACUGGAGAUACACUGGUCUCUCGUACCAACGACAACAAAGCCACUGUAUGGACACAACGGCGUCGGGAUGGAGGGUCAAGAUUGGCGCAUAAGAGCGUCCUUCUUUCAGAUGAGCACAUUCAUCGGACAUGCGUGCUGGAGAACCAGAAUCUUCUCCUUAAUCUCCACCACAAUGGAGUUUCCCUUUGGGAUGUCAGCUCGUACCAUGCCAAGAAAUUGGCUACUUUGCCUUUCACACGAUCUGGAAAACCGCUGUGUGUGCUGCCAAUUCCUAGCACCGAAACGAGUGCAAAUGUUGCCUAUGUAGCAACGAUUUGGGGAGACAUGCACGGAAUUGCUUGGGAGAUACGAGGUCCUGAUCAGUAUGACCAAAAAGAGAAAUCCGCUGAUGACAAUGGCUAUCAAUUACGAGAGUUUUGCACCUUUAACAUGGGGCUGGAGGAAGAUAUUGCAUACAUCCUGCCGGUAGACCCUGCUGGCCCUAAAGAAAAAGCCUCGGGAUUUUUUGAUUCUUUUUCUGCCGACAUUGCUCUCUCCUACACUCACCAUGGAGUUGUGCGGACAUGGACGGCUACAGUUGAUCCGGUAAGGAUGAAGGUUAAUUGGCUACUUCAAUCAACUGUUGAUACCGGCAUCAUCAAUCCAUCCCUGGCCAGUGGCAGCUCCAUUAGAAAGGCAGCUCUGGUUGAUGAAAACCGGACCCGUCUGACGAUUUGGGACACCAACAAUGCUCAGCUGGAGUUUGAGGAGCAUUUUGCUGCACAUGACACUAUCCGUGAUUUGGACUGGACUUCAACACCAGACAAACAAUCCAUCUUAGCUGUGGGGUUCCCACACAAAGUUGUUCUCCUGUCUCAGCUUCGCUAUGAUUAUCUAGACUCUCGACCCUCAUGGACACAAGUUCGAGAAAUCGGGAUCAAGGAUUUCACACCUCACCCUAUCGGAGACUCUUGUUGGAUGAGCAAUGGCCAUCUAGUUAUCGGUGCGGGCAAUCAGCUGUUCGUUUGGGAUAAGGACAUCGAUGUUGGAGAUCGUCUGGUAUCUGAACUCCGUAUGCCAUCUCGGGGACUGUCGACAGUUGAUCUCUUCGAUCUUGUCAGCCGACUGAAUGGCCCAUUGCCGAUAUUCCACCCACAAUUCCUAGCACAAUGCAUUCUAGCCGGGAAGACUAGUUUGGUACAUUCGAUCUUGUUGAAUCUACAUCGCAAGCUCAAAUUUUACAUUGACGGUGAUGAAUUAGAUGGUUUCCUAGAUAUGCCAGUGGAAUCUUUCUACGAUCAAGAUGCUUCCCAACAAGAAGUUUCCAAAGAAAUGCGCUCUUCCUAUGUAGACUUCACUGAAGACGAAUUCUCAACUGUCAUUGAUGAAAAAGCAGCGGAGGCGUUGAAUGAGAGUUUAGCACGGAUUGCCUUGCCGCAACUGUCUAGCCACGAACAGUUCCGCUUGGCAGAUACCAUUGAAUGUGUUGCCAUGGUCGAGAAACACCGGCGAUCAAUGGAUGAUAACGCAGCACGCUAUCUCUUGUUUUUCCGACAGCAUAUGCUCCGACGGAGCCAAGGACUCGCCAACAAAGACACUGUCUCAUGGCGAGAGAUUGUCUGGGCUUACCAUAGCAGCAGUCAAGAUAUUCUUACGGACCUUGUGUCUCGGCAAUUCAAUGGCCAAUUGACUUGGAAGGCUGCUCGCGAGAGCGGUCUUUUCAUGUGGCUAUCGGACUCGGUAGCAGUGAAAUCACAACUCGAGAUUCUCGCCCGGUGCGAAUAUACCAAGACAGAAGAGAGAAACCCGAUCGAUUGUACCCUAUAUUAUCUUGCUCUCGGGAAGAAAAACGUCCUUCAGGGUCUCUGGCGCAUCGCACACUGGAAUCGCGAACAAGCGGCGACCCAACGUUUGCUGGCAAAUGACUUCAAGGAGCCGCGAUGGAGGACAUCCGCGCUCAAGAACGCGUAUGCAUUGCUUGGAAAGCGACGAUUUGAGUACGCAGCAUCUUUCUUCCUUCUCGCGGACCAUUUGCGCGACGCUGCCAAUGUCAUCAUAAACCAGAUGGGUGAUCUCCAGCUCGCAAUCGCAAUUACUCGGGCCUCCGAAGGAGACAACGGUCCUGUUCUCCAGGAAAUCUUGGAAGAGAAAGUCUUGCCUGAAGCAGCUUCGGAGGGCAAUCGCUGGAUGGCCUCUUGGGCUUUCUGGAUGCUUGGACGACGGGAUAUGGCGGUGCGGGCACUGAUAUCACCGGUUGAAACCCUCCUAACAUCAACGACCCCGGAUACUCCGGGAAGCCCGGGGCGAGGAACCUUGCAGUCCAAAUCCUAUCUUUCUAAUGAUCCCGCUUUGGUGGUUUUAUACCACCAACUCCGCGCAAAGACACUCCAGACUCUCAAAGGUGCGUCGAAAGUGCGACCAAGAGAAGAAUGGGACUUUGUUAUUCGCAAUGCUCGACUCUACGACCGUAUGGGCUGCGAUCUUCUCGCUCUCGACCUUGUACGCCACUGGGAGUUCUUGUGUGGGCUACCUACCCAGGACUCAUUGAAAUCACACACCUCUUUCGAAAUAAUAGAGAACGGGGUCGAUUAUCGGAAGCUGCUUCGUCGGCGGAGCAGCCUCGUGGUUGCUGAUAUGCCGAUGCGACUUACAGAUCCUUCGCAGGAACAUGCCAUUCUCGAGGACUCCCCUGCAGAGAAACCAAAGAAAGAAGAUCAGAAACCGAAGGUGAAGCCGCCGCCCACAAUGUUCCAUGAGCCGGAUGCCAAUUCGUUGCUGGACAGCUUUGGGUUCUAG